AAGAGGCUCUCUGAGAAGAGAGAGACAGCGAGGCAUCUUAGAUGGAUCGAAAGACCACGAGCUGGGACACCAGGUUCUAUGAAAAGUGGUAUGUGUGCAACAGAGAGAAAUUAUGCGAAUCACUCCAGGCUGUCUUUGUUCAGAGUUAUCUUGAUCAAGGAACACAGAUCUUCUUAAACAACAGCAUUGAGAAAUCGGGCUGGCUAUUUAUCCAGUUAUAUCACUCUUUUGUGUCAUCUGUUUUUAGCCUGUUUAUGUCUAGAACAUCUAUUAAUGGGUUGCUAGGAAGAGGCUCAAUGUUUGUGUUUUCACCAGAUCAGUUUCAGAGACUGCUUAAAAUUAAUCCAGACUGGAAAACCCAUCGACUUCUUGAUUUAGGUGCUGGAGAUGGAGAAGUCACAAAAAUCAUGAGCCCUCAUUUUGAAGAAAUUUAUGCCACUGAGCUGUCUGAAACUAUGAUAUGGCAGCUUCAGAAGAAGAAAUACAGAGUGCUUGGUAUAAAUGAGUGGCAGAAUACAGGGUUCCAGUAUGAUGUCAUCAGCUGCCUGAAUUUGCUGGACCGCUGUGAUCAGCCCUUGACUUUGUUAAAAGAUAUCAGAAGUGUCUUGGAGCCAACUAGAGGCAGGGUCAUCCUUGCCCUAGUCUUACCCUUUCAUCCCUAUGUGGAAAACGUAGGUGGCAAGUGGGAGAAGCCAUCAGAAAUUUUGGAAAUCAAGGGACAGAAUUGGGAAGAACAAGUGAAUAGUCUGCCUGAAGUUUUCAGAAAAGCUGGGUUUGUUAUCGAAGCUUUCACCAGACUGCCAUACCUGUGCGAAGGCGACAUGUACAAUGACUACUACGUUCUGGAUGAUGCUGUCUUUGUUCUCAAACCAGUAUAAACACAGAGGCUGAGGUCUUCAGAGUCCACCCCAAGAAUGUGCACUCCAGACGAGGGUCUGCAUUUGUGAUUAUGUGAAGGGAGGACCUUUGAGGACUGCCAUUCUAAAUAUCAUGUAGGAAUUUAAAAAGCCAAAAUACUAAUUAUUUCUUUGUAGUGUGUAAAAGGAAUGUUUUUAAAAAACAAAAACCCGACUCUUUGAGGAUUUUUAUCAACUCUUUACUCAGUAAUGCAAGUCACGCUCCAAUUAUGGAAGAUAUUUUUUAUACUUAAUUGCAGUAGGGACUCAUUUCCAGUCAAAGCAAUAGUCGUGACUUCACAUGGAACCAAUAAAUAUGGAUUGUUUUUAAUAAAAUGAAGACUGGCAAUAAAGUUGUCCAUUGAAUUGCCAAUAUUGGUUAUAAAGUAUAGCCACUGAUAAUCUUUCAUGUUUAGAAAUUCUUUCUGUCAUUAUUCAUGUUUUUAAUCAUGCUAAUAAACUUUUUUGGAGAUGACUUGGGCAUCACGUUUGAGUUAAUAAAAGGCUCCCCCAGCAUCUUUUAUUGCUUUGGCUUCAGGGGUGGCCAAAUAGUAGUGUUACGUGAAAGAUGCAGUCGACUUGAAUAUGUGGUAAAGGAAGGCUUCACACUUGGGGAAGGGGGGUGGUGGUUGCACAUUGCAGUGGACACUGAGGCAGUCGAGACUAACCCUCAAAAGAACAACCUCAUCCAGAUACAGUACUUCAGGGACCACCCGCCACUCCUCAGUUCAUGUUGCUCUGGGAAACGCAACCCACUGGGUUCUGACUUUGUGAUCGCUCAUGUCCUACGCUCAGAAUUUUUUCUGGACUAUCUCAGGCUCUCAGAAUUGAAACAUUCAGUUGUGUCUACUGACAGGGAUGCAACCUAAAAAUGUUUUAAUUCAACUUCUUACUCUACACUUGUAUACCUCUCUCCCAGAACUUGGCUCUUCCUGAAUUCCUUAACUGAGUUGAUUAUUUGCAACGAAUAUGGUUUGAAGACCGUGUCAGACUCAUGCAUUCUGGAAUCCGUGAGUGCCUCCAACCAUAUACCCAGAAAUGUUGCAGUAGAGGAACUCAUUAGCAAGAUCAAUAACCAUUGUGGAUAUUCCAAAGAGCAGAGCACUUAACCUAGAAUCUAAAAUCUCAGUAAUAACAGGGAUGCCAGUUUGAGAUUGUGGUUACUAACAAUAUGUCAUUCUCACAACUUUAUUUCUUUUUUCAUCCAGGUGUUUCAUUAGAUAUUCUCAUUUAUAUGAGAAUCUCAUAGAAGUCAUCAAAUUAACACAGUUACUGCAACACCUGGGUAUAAAGGAGAAUUAAAGCCUUGACAAGAAUUACUUUAUUAUUCAUUAAGAACGGCAUUCCCACAUCCUCACACCAGUGUCUUCCACUGUUAUUCUGUAGUCAUAAUAAGCUUUGGGUUAUGUGAUUUAUGCAAAAUUGUUAUUGGUGCAUUCUAAUGCUUUUUUCCGGGAAUUCAAAUAAGUGCAAUGCAAAUACUUAGCACCCUAGAUUGUAAAAACAGAGGAAAUGAGUAAACUUAAUGUAGUUCUUGUACAGUUGAGUUUUGCCUCUUUAUAACCUCUCUGUCAUAAUCAGGGGUUGCUGUUUAGACUGCCAAACAAGAGUGUAAGAGUGAUGGAUGUUCAAAGAGGCAGGUAGCCCCAAAGUGUUCCAUCGUUUUGAAAUCGAGAAUUAAUUUGAUGGUCUAUUUUUUUAAAAACUCAUUCUUUACCCAAAAAAGCGGAGAAAGCACAUAACAUUUAUGCAUGUCACAGAUAAAUAGUUUCUCAAAAUCUAGGGUUCUCUGAAGACCAGCAUAUUAAAAGUUCCCUUUUAUGGUGAAAAUUUAAACCAGCAAAUCCGCACGCAUUUCGUAUCUGGUCUUGAAAG